CAUCCCACAGGUCAGUUGCCGCUGACUUCUUGUGAUCGACUGACGUUGCAGGACUCUUGCAAGUGCUCGGCCAAAUUACGAGCCUAUUAGAGUCCUGUAUCGGUCAGAAACGGUCGUCGCGAUAAGUGAGACUGGUGGUCUAUGCUCAGAACUUUGAGUGAUAUAAAUACUCUUUGUAAAAGACAGUGUAUAAAAGUGUUUGUGACGUAUGAUAAUUUUAAGGAAGAAUGGGGAAGAAGAAGAAGAAUAGUGGAAAGAAAGGGGAAUCGCUUCUUCAGGUGGAUAAGAAGCGAUCUACCGGACGAAGAGGACAAGAAAUCACCAGUCCUUCUCCUAGGAGUCAACAAGAUCUCUGACUCCCCAUCCUUUGUCAGAAGACGGUCCGUUGAACCACACACUUCAGGAUCCAUAAGGUUCUUCAGACCCCUAAAGUCUAAGUACACAAGGGGUCUCCAUGGAGACGAGAGGUUGGAGAAAAUCAGGCAGGAUCUCCUAGUCCAUAAAAGCAAGCCUGAUACUUACAUUCCUAAUGACCACGAGGUUUCCUUGGAGCCAGAAGAAAGAUGCAUGAGAUUGAGCUGUGUAGGUAGCUGCAUUUGUGACAGGAAGAAAAGCUCAACUAGAGGCUCUUUCUCCUUCCAAAGACCAGAGCCUGGCACUCAAAACUACGAGGAACCCAAAGACUUUUCUGAAAACGAUAUCGAGUUUAAGUAUACAGAACAUAUACCUCAUUGCCAGCCUUCUAGUAGCAAGCAAAGCUACAAUGUCACGCCAAAAUCGACGGAAAGGCGCCACUUUCUUCUAGCAAACCUCAAUGAGAGAUUCCGUAAGACUCUAAGCUUGGAUUCUAGAAAGGUCGAAACUAACCGCGUGGCUGUGAAUCUGGCUAAAGAAACAAGACCAAAGUCUUUGGUAAAUACGAGUAACAUUUGCGUGCAGUCAUACAAAGCAAAUGAGCCGUUUGUAGCGCCAAAUUUUAGCAAAGCCUCCCAACCAAAGAAAAACGUAAAUCGUUUUUCUCUCGACACGUUCUUUGAUCAAAAGUCUGAUACUUCAUCUAUCGACGACUACUGUUCAUCAAAAUAUAAGCGGUUUGAACUCGAAAGUGAUGACUCACCUUUUAAGAGAGAUAAUGGAGAAAAGACUCCAGAUUUACUCAACCUGCCUGUUAUAAUAGACUGUAAGAAAAAACAGUCAGAUACAAGAAGGCAGCUAGAAAAGUUAGAAAACCAUUACUAUAAGAAUAUUCAUAAAACACAGACAGUUAUUGACGCGGUCCCUAAAGACGCUACUAACAUUCAAGGUCCAAGUGGUCAUACAAACCAUUUAUACUUCGACGAAGACGUGGAAUAUAUUGAGCCAGUUCAAAGCACUUUUACAAGCCAAAGCACACUUAUUUUAGACAAAACGGUCUCGACUGUGUCUCCUAAAUCGAAUGUUGAAGACUUUGAUAGUAUAGGACCUUACGAAAUUGAAGUUAAAGAGUCUGAUUUAGUUAAAGUAGCGAAGGACUUAACUGUCAAAGUGAUGGAUAAAUCUGUGGAUUCCAUAGGAAGCUGUUCCCUGGAUGUCGACGCUAGCACUGAUUUCUCAGAUACCACAUCAGGAAGUCUGAACCUUCUGACACCCUCUUCGACAACCAGUCGGAUCCGAGACUUCACAUCCCGUCUACAGGAACGGGCAGGGUCCAACCUUCAGCCUAACUACCUGGCUAGCCCCACACCCGUCGCUACCCCCGUCCGAACCCCAGAAGACACCACACCCACCCCCAGGAAGUCUGAGAAUCUCCUCAAACCACCUGUCUAUGUCGACACCUCCAGCCACAGAUCUAGAGGACACCAUAAAAACGGGACGAGUUACCCCAUAAAACCCAGCUAUCUCAACCUAGCCUGCUCUGUCAACGGAUACACGAAUCUAACUACAUAUGAUUCGAAAUUAAGGCAGGAUAUAAACAAAAGUCGAGAGGUCCCAAUAAGGCCUAUUACACACACUUACCAGUACAGAAGCGAAAAUAACUCGCUCCUCGUCCCAGUUCCGGUCAGUGCGAAUAAACUGCUGGUGCCAACAUUCGGGCCCCAUGAUACGCGCGCUGAUUUGACAAAAGCGCCUACUAAGGCGCACACAGACCCUUACUUAGCCACGUCACCUUUUAAUGUCUACAUGGCGGCCGAAAAUAAGCAGUUAAAGAACGACUUAGGCAAUAUGACGACUAGCAGCCGUCCUUACAUAUCGAGCGAAAGUAAGAAUUUCGCUACAUCAAUGCUUCAUAAAACCGAUGAAGUGGAUAAUUCUAAGGAGAUCACCUUCAAGUCCAGUUAUUCGGAGACGAAUUUCAGGAAGACUGUGACCUCUAACGGUAAAGAAACUAGAUUCAGCUCUGAAUCUUACACCAUAUCUUCUAAUGGGGUCUCGAAGAGAGUAGAAAUCACGAAGGAAAAUGGGGAACAGUUAACAAGUCCUAUGAAGAGUUUUAUUCAGCAGAGGGUUGAGAGGCUUUACGGGCCUGGCGCUUUAGCUCAAGGUUUCUUCAAUCAGAAGCGCCAUAAACUCAAAAGCACCAGCGAAGAUGACGACCCUAAGGUUUUGACGGAGAAAUCUCUGAACACUCCUGAAAGGGUCCCCAGAAAACUCGAGAAGAGUCCUGAGGAGAUUGAGAAGGAUCUGUGCACCAGUCCUAACGGGGAGAUGGAUUCUAGCGUGUCCCUACCAGUUCUAAGGCAUCUAAGGCCUGAAUUCCGCGCUCAACUGCCAAUAAUUUCGCCAAAGAAGUGUGUGAAAAGUGAUCUGUCUCCGCAGAAGAUUGAAGACAUUCCUAAGUUGGAAAAGACUGAGAAAGAACAGGAUAAAAGUGCAGUGUCGGUUACAAAUGGUAUUUCUGUGAUAAAACUCGAUAGUGAUGUUGCUGAUGAAUCGGUGAUUAGUGUUAAUGGUGAUUCGAAUGGUGUGGAAGUGGUGAAGGAUGCUCAUUACUUCUUGAGCUUGGAGAAGAAGGAGACAGAGAGGCUGUUGGCUCUCGCUGCUACUGCGGAAAAGGAGUUGGAAAAUUUACAGAAUCGCGAGGAUGUGAGCGAGGAAGCUGGCUUCCUCCGCGCCGCGUCCGGCAAGGCGAGGCUUCUCGCUACACAGAAGAUGCAGCAGUUUGAAGGCCUCUGCUACAACAAUAUAAACGAGCGACAAGACGAGCCGUUCCCCACUACAGUUGAAGAUCUACAAGGGUUUUGGGACAUGGUGUGUCUACAAGUCGCUAAUGUCGACGCUAUAUACCAGCAUAUAGCUGAACUCAAAGCUAAUAAUUGGCAGGAGAUAGCAGUAACAGUAAAGCCCCAGCCGUCCACCCCGGUGACGUCUCCGCGCCGCGCCCGUGCUACUCCGGUCGUCAAGAACGAGAAGGCACGACUCGCUGCCGAGAAACGAGAAGCCGAUAGAAAAGCUAUGUUGGAGCAUAGGAGACGCGUGGCUCGUGAGCGUCAGCUGGCGGCGCGGGCGGCGGCGCCCGGCACCAGCCACGACCUGCACAAGGACAUGGGCAUCGAGGGCAGCCAGGAGGUAGAAAUCUUCGUAGGCAAGACAGCGAAACCGUCGAAAGUGGCUCCUAAAGGUGACUGCAUGAGCUCCGAGCGGUCUGAGGACUCCAUGGUCGAAGAGAGCUGAUCACAUCACCCUGUAGAUACACUCGCACGCUGCAAACUUUUAGUCGCCCCAUAGUUUUUGGCUCAUAAAUCAGUAUCAUAACCAAUCAACAAUAAUCAUCAUCAUCUCCGAGCCUUUUCCCAACUAUGUUGGGGUCGGCUUCCCGUCUAACUGUAUAAAGCUGAGUACCAGUGCUUUACAAGAAGCAAUAAUCAUAAUCAGCCUAUGAAAAUGGAUAGAGGUACACACUUAACAACGAUUAGGUAUUUUUCCGGUAUCAGACAGACUACUAAAAACUGUAUUCAUCAUUAUUUAUUUGUCGUCCCACUGCUGGGCUGCGGCCUCCUCUCACACGGAGAAGGAUUGAGCAUUAAUCACCACGCUUGCUCAAUGCGGGUUGCUGAUUUCAGACUGUAUAGUCCAGGUUUCCUCAAGAUUCAAUUAAUCAGUCAUUUGUGUCCAAUAUAUAGUUGGAAAGUACAUAGAAAAGUUGCAUUGGUACUUGCCUAACCUGGAAUUGAAACCAAACUUACUUGAGAGGUUGGUUCUUUACCCACUAGGCCACUACAACUUAAUAGUUUGUUUGGGCUCAUAAAUCAGUAUGAAGAUGAAUGGUAGUAGGCACAUUACAAAGAUCAGAUAUUUGGCUGGUAUCAGACCUACUAAAAUUUUCAUAGAAUUCACAGUAAAAAUUUUCAUUAAGCAACUAUUGGUCGACUGUUUAGUUUGCAGUGUGUGUGAGAGCCUAGAUUAACUAUAAACACUGAUAAAAAUUGUCUACUAAACUUUGUCAGUAAAGGUCUAAGUUUAUCAACAAUAUAAACAUCUGUUUUUCUUAAAAUUAUUUACUAAUAUGACAAUUUAGAGAAGGUAGUUGUUUUGAGAAAACUGACGUUUAUGUGGUCGGUGAUUGGGAAUCAGGAAGGUUGCACCAUUUAACUAUAACGAUAACCAAACCAUAACCAGCCGUAUACUUGCCGCCCAUUGGUCACAUUGGCGAUUUGACAACUGAAAAUGGUUUGGUUAUCGUUAUAGUUAAAUGGUGCAAUUCACUCUAAUUACAAAAGAUGAAAAACGCAAAGGUUUUAUUAAAAUGUGUUCAAUGUCUGAUAAAUUUCUGUUGUCGUUGUAAUAACACCAAUUUAUGUUUCUUUUAAAAGCUUUGAAAUUAAAUUUUUGCGGUUCACCCGUUUAAGAUCUACGGUGCCACAGGCACAGGCACGUCAUCCUCUGAGCCUUUUCGCAACUAUGUUGGGGUCGGCUUCCAGUCUUACCGGGUCCAGCUGAGUACCAGUGUUUUACAAGGAGCGACUGCCUAUCUGCCCUCAACCCA